CUUCUCUAAUGCGUACCCUGUGACCAUCCUAACCCAUGCUAAUAGUUUGCCGGCCAGUUGAACGACCUGAUUAGUUUUGCUGUCACCUUAACCGCCAUUAUUAAGACCGAAGGGACCGGCACACCUGUAGGGUUUUCCUUUGGAUGGCAGCGCGCCCGCCUUCUGGGCGCCUUCUUCAAUGGCGUCUUCUUACUUGCCCUCGGGACGAGCAUCUUCCUCCAAUCGAUUGAACGUUUCAUCACCGUUGAAAGAGUGGAGGACCCAAAAUUGAUGCUGAUUAUGGGAUGUGUGGGAUUCACACUCAACAUUAUCACAAUCACAUUUCUGCAUGAGCCACAUGACCAUAUUAGUCACGGGCAUUCUCUAGGGCAUUCGCAUGAACAUGACAAUGAAGUAGCUUUUAACUUCGGUACAUGUUGUCGGGCGGAUAGAGAUACAGAGUCUGUAAGUUGUGCUGAACAAAAGCCUUUCUACCAUCACUUUCAGCAUCGGCAUUCCUCUCUUCCUGAUAUCCAGCAGCCUCGACGCCGCGAUCUGGGCAUGCUCGCCGCGCUCAUUCACGCCAUGGGCGAUGCGAUCAACAAUCUCGGGGUCAUCGUGGCCGCACUCCUGAUCUGGCUACUCAAGUCCGAGGCUCGCUUUUAUGCUGAUCCCGGUGUUGGUGUGGGUAUUGCUAUCAUGAUCAUACUGUCGUCUGUGCCCCUGAUCAAGAACAGCGGCGAAAUUCUUCUCGAAAGUGCUCCGAAGGGAGUAAGAACCGAUGAUAUCAAGCACGACAUUGAGAAGGUUCCAGGAGUCGAUUCGAUCCACGAGCUGCACGUCUGGAGGCUCGAUCAGAACAAGGCCAUCGCCUCUGUCCACGUCGUUCUCACAGAAGAUGGUAUCGUGAAUUUUAUGGACAAAGCGAGGACCAUCGGUGAGUGUCUUCACGCCUACGGGAUCCAUUCGGCCACUGUCCAACCGGAACUUUCGCCCGGAUACGAAGAAUACGAGCUUGUUCCGGCCAGUAAGGCAUCCGCAACGCUAGCUACAGCCUUACCGGAUGGAGGCGACGGUCUUGUGGACGAGAAUGAGUCAAUUACGACAACGCCUUGCGGCACUACAAGCGCAGCUUCGUCAAUCACCACCACCAGUGUCUCGCUGGCAAAGGGAAGACAGGCCAGCACGGCGACAACUUGUCAUCUGGUGUGCGGAAGAGGAUCCUGUGCUGGGCUUGCGUGUUGUCAGCCCGUUGCCCUUGAUGCGCAGUGAGCUAAGUGUCGUUAGAGUGUUACUUUCUGUAGCACUGUAUCACACCAUCCCGGUCGCUGGAUUAUGAUCGAGUUUACAACACCACCCCUAUGUUCUCGAAGUAAAUAUUCCUUCCCACCCCCUUUUCCUUAGCCCUUUUCUGCAUCAAUUUUGUAUGUGGUCGUUAUUGGGCAAGCACAGAGGCCUCAAUGAAUUGGAUGCGAGCCUACUGUUCACUCCUUUGUUGCCUAGCCCAUACCAAGAGAUCUGGCUUCAAAAUUUCUUCUGUUUCCAACUCAUUGGUUGGAAUGGCCUAGUUCUCAUGUCUUACGGCGUAGCUAGAAAUAAGUCAUUUGUAUUUCCCUCUUUGAUUCACGAACAUCAUAUAAACCCCUUUGCCCCGUCUACAUAACUUUCUGACUCCGGCAGGCAUUAUGUUGAAGUGAUGGCACCUUUAUGAAUUCAGAAUGUAGCAGGUUCAUGGAUCUGUGUCCGCACAAUGCAAUGCUAGUGUGGUGUUACCACUUUCCCUUCCCUUCGUCUGCUUGGUAGUCGCGAUGCCUGCCGGAGCACAGCAUUUCUAGGCACACAUUGGCUUUAUAAGGUAAGCUGCCGCUAUAUAUACAUUUGUUUUCCUUC